AUGGCCCGCGGACGCCGAAAUGAGGCCAACAGUGUUGCUCACUCAAUUUCUACUGGGUCCUCCCGCCGUACUCGGACCCGACGAUUUCAGAUGAGAAAUGCCUCUAUGGAGAGGCGAGAACGAUCAGCUGAACUCCGAGACCGCUCCAUCGCCGAACAGCUGGGACAUGUGUCGCCCCCUCGUCGUCCUCCUCAAGCAGUGGCUCAAGAAGCUCUCAAUACCGAAAAUCAAUACCCACCUUUUGAGCCACAUCUUGGCGGCAAUGAUGAUCGACUUGCUACACCUGAAGAAGACCUCCCAAGUACUGCCCAUGCUGCAUACCAUCGGGCCCGCCGUUAUGCAGAGACACGGGAGAGGACCAGUCAACUCUGGAGUCAACUCGAGUCAAGUGUCACAGCUACAUUCACUCUUCGUCAGAGAAUCACCACCAACUUCACCACGCAACCAACUCACUGGCUUCUGCAAAAGCUAGAAUAUGCCCAUUCAGUAUACAUUGACUCUAUUGUGGCUUUAGCAAAGCUUCAUCAAGAGCCUAACCGUCACACCCCAGGGAGCAACUAUACAAACUCUUUUUUCGAGCAGCAAUGGCGUGAUGAACAAGCGUACCAUGUUACAACUAACCAGUCAUCUGAACAAGCACAGGUUGAACUUGGACGUCUGUUAUGUAUGGAAGAAGAAUUGAAUGACGCCUGGUCUGCUAUUGCAAUGACGCCAGAGAAAGCGCUGACACGCGCACGCAGUUGUGACACCGUUGCCAGGAAGCUAGAAGCACAAAGAAGACUGGCCCCCCCAAACAGUGAGACUAGCAACUUGACUGCAUCCGAUCAAGACAAGUUGAGCAAGGUGAAGCAACCACCCUUGGAACCCGAGGACAGCAGAAACUUUCAGAAGCCCUGCGCAAGCAAGUAG